UAUCGUAAUUUGAUAACAGCCAAUUUUCCCCCAUUGCCGAUCAAAAACAGGAAACCAAGGAACGCGCGGUUCGUCUCGAUCCCGUCCUCUCAUGGCUGUUGCAGGGACCUCGUUUGAUUUCGAUUUCGAUUUCGAUUUCGAGCUCUUCCUUUGAACGAUCCAAUCUCUCAUUAACUCCGUGACUUGUGGGAGAGAUUCUGUAACUGCUGGAAAACUUUUUCGUGAUUUUGAUUCGAAGGUGCGUCUUCUAAUCAACGCGACAGCUGAGAAUUUAGCAUAUAUGUCCUGCAACUCUGCAAGUUUGUCAUGUGCUACUGCGUGUAUAUUUUUGUAUAAAUAAAACAGUGGACUUGCUAAAGAUAAGGGAAUGUCAGCACCUGGGAAGUCUGAUUAUUCUUCUGGUGGACCAGAUAGGCCUUUAUACAGGUCUAACUUAGCUUCACAGAUGGCAAGAUCUAGUAGCUUUCGCGAGACUAUGGAGCAACCUGUCUCAUCUUCUCACGCGAGCAUGUUGAGGACCACUUCACCAUUAGCACAAACCGAUGUUACAAAUUUCUUCCAGUGUUUGCGUUUUGAUCCUAAGGUGGUUGCCGCAGAUCACAAGUCUGUUCGUCAAGGUGACUUUAAGCGUCAUGUGAAUAUUGGCCUUGGAAUUCAAGGGGAUGAAUCUCCAAGCACAACUCCGAGAGGGAAGUUAACUCCAUCCCCUAUACCAGAAGAGAUCAAAAGACUAAAGGCUGGUCUACGGGAAAACAUCGUGAAGGCCAGGGAGCGUGUGAUAAUUUUCAACGAAGCUUCGUCUGUAUUUAACAAGGUUUUUCCUACUGUACCCACAAAGAAAAGGUCUCGGCCAGAAGGGUUUUCCGUCGCCAGAGAAGGUUCCCCGCACCUGGUUUAUCCUUUUCUUAAGAUCGUCCCCAAAUCUGCUCCUCCAGAAUACGCCACUCUCGCAACGACCUCCUCCUCCCCGGCGGCGGCUACUUCCGGAGUUAUAACGAAGCGGUCGAGGAAAGACGACGGAAAAGGACGGCGACUCAGGAUACCUGCUCUUUGCGCCGCUAGGCUUUUUCAGUUAACCGGAGAGCUCGGUCAUAAAUCCGACGGCGAAACCAUCGAGUGGCUUCUCCAGCAAGCUGCGCCGUCGCUUGUCGCCGCUACUGGCACCGGCACCAUCCCGGCGAACUACUCCUCUCUAAAUGUCUCCCUCCGGAGCAGCGGAUCGACCCUCUCCGCGCCGCCGUCGUCGAAAUCGGUGCCUCUCUACGGCGCUCCCGCAGCGUCCGGUGAUCACACACCGCCUCUUUCAGGGUUUCAGAGACCGAGUAGUCUCAUCAGCGAAGUGACUAAGGAGCCUGGUCCCGAGAAGAGUAGCAAGAACAAGCUAGUUUUGGAACUGGACAUAAGCGGUGAUAAGUCCAUGCAGAAGAAGGUCAUGAAGAAACUUGCUGCACUCAGUGGAAUCAAUUAUAUAUCCCUAGAUCCGGAGACAGGCACCUUAACCAUUAAAGGAGACAUUGAAUUAAAUACGGUACUAGAAAAGGUGGAAAGGUAUUGCAGUUGCAAAAGAGUAAAAGUUUCAGGUGAGCCCGCCAUGAUGGCCGAGCCAAAGAAAAUGUAUAAAAGGGGAGUUUCGCAAGGGAGGGUUUCUAUGGGAAAGGCACUCACUAGUGAGCAAAGUCUGCGAUCAACCGCAGGUUCAGGCGACUCAUGCUCAGGGAUCAACAUUCCAGGAAAAUCAAUCAUCACACCUCCUAACGUGAGGAACCUAGAUGCUGAUUGGUACUCCUUCUGUGAUUUCCUUGACCAACGCAUGCGUCCAUUGACUCUCUCUGGGUGCACAGCCAAAGACGCCAUUGAUUUUCUCCGCAUGCGGCAGACUUCAGGCAACGCAGAGGCCCUUGUUGGCCGCCUCAGUGCUGCAUGUGAGGCAUACGGCAUAACACCCAAGGAAAAUCCUUUCCGCAGCUUAGCUGUAAUAUCAUACGUGAAGGAGACGAGGGAGAUUACUCGAGAAGCAGACUACGUAUUAGUUUUUUCGUGCAAUGACAACCUUGAUGAGGACGAGACACAUUUAAUUGAAGCCAUCUCGAAAGAGUUACACGAGCGAGAGGUUGCUCCUUUGACAUAUAAUCUAUCUCAGAGAGAGAACCUAGAUGGGGACAUGCUUUACAGAUCCAGUGUUGGUCUAAUGGUAGUUUCAAGUAGUUUGGCCUAUAGUAGUCAGUCUCUAGAUCAUUUGGCGGCGAUCAUGGAAUUUUGUAAAGCAAAACACCUUGUUAUUAUUCCUGUAUAUCUCAAGGUAACACCUUCUGACAUUUGUGGUUGGGAAGACCGUUUUGAACAAGUACUUCCGUCGUAUUUAAAUUCUAUCCAGCCAGACAGAAUCCAGAAAUGGAAGGCGGCUCUGACUGAUGUGGCAUCCAUUGAUGGACAUCAAUGGUCAGAAGGGAGUCAAUUUAUGCUUGCCAAGAAAGUUGUAAGGAACGCAUGCUUCAGGCUACAUUUGAAAAGCAGCAAGAACCUGGUCAGAAUCUUAGCAUUGUUAAAUCACCCCCAGCCUUUAGAGGCGGAAAUUGAGGGAAUCUGGGGCAUGGCAGGAAUAGGGAAGACAUCCAUUGCUAGAGAAAUUUUUGAAUUACUAGCUCCACAAUAUGAUUUGUGCUACUUUCUGCAAGACUUUCAUCGUAUGUGUAAGAGCAAAGGGUUGAGGCAAAUACGUGAUGAUUUCCUCUCUAAAGUAUUUAGAGAAGAAGAACUAUGUCUAGGCGCUUGUGAUACAAAACCGAGUUUCAUGAGGGACUGGUUCCAGAAUAGAGAGAUUCUCGUUGUUCUCGAUGACGUGAGUAAUGCAAGAGAUGCAGAAUAUGUAUUUGGAGGGUUUAGCUGGUUUUCUCGUGGGCACCGAAUCAUUUUAACCUCUAGGAGUAAACAAGUUCUUGUGCAGUGUAAGGUUAAAGAGCCAUACGAGAUUCAAAAGUUAUCCGAUUUUGAAUCUUUACGUCUCUGCAAACAGUAUUUAAAAGAAGAAAGUGCCAUCAUGUCCGAGCUAAUGAGCUGCAGUAGCGGUAUACCACUGGCUCUCAAGAGUUUUGUUUCCUCUGUAUCGAAGCAGCAUAUGAACGAUAUGAAGAAACAUCUUCAAAGCUUGCGGAUAAACCCUCCAACCAAGAUUCAGGAGGCAUUUCGGAGAAGCUUUGAUGGACUAGACGAAAACGGAAAGAACAUAUUUUUGGACCUUGCAUGUUUUUUCAGAGGGGAGAACAAAGAGCAUGUGGUGCAAUUACUUGAUGCGUGCGGUUUUUUUACAUAUCUUGGAAUUUGUGAUCUCAUUGACGAGUCUCUCAUUAGCCUUCUGGACAAUAAAAUAGAGAUCCCUAUUCCUUUUCAAGAUAUUGGUCGAUUUAUUGUUCGUGAAGAAGACAUGGAUCCAUGUGAACGUAGCAGAUUGUGGGACUCUAACGACAUCAUUGAUGUAUUGACAAACAAUUCAGGAACAGAAGCGAUUGAGGGAAUCUUCCUGGAUGCGUCUGACUUGACCUGUGAAUUAAGUCCUACUGUGUUUAGUAACAUGUACAGACUUAGAUUGUUGAAGUUUUAUUGUUCCAACACCUCUGGGAACCAGUGCAAGCUAAGUCUACCACAAGGCCUCGACACUUUGCCUGAUGAGCUACGGCUACUUCACUGGGAGCAUUACCCUUUAGGAUACUUGCCUCAGAAAUUUAGUCCGGAGAACCUUGUAGAGAUAAACAUGCCGUAUAGCAACAUUGAGAAGUUAUGGGAAGGGAAGAAAAAUCUCGAGAAGCUAAAGAAAAUCAAACUGAGUCACUCCAGAAAAUUAACUGAUGUCCUGACGUUAUCAGAAGCCAUGAACCUUGAACAUAUUGAUUUCGAAGGGUGUACGAGUAUGAUUGACGUUAGCACAUCUAUUACUCAUCUUGGGAAGCUUGUUUCGUUGAAUAUGAAAGACUGUUGUCAUUUGCGAAGUCUGCCUUCCAUGGUCGAUCUAACUUCUCUCAAGCUUCUUAAUUUGUCUGGCUGCUCAGAGCUUGAGGAUAUUCAGGAUUUUUCACCAAACCUGGAAGGGCUAUAUCUGGCUGGGACUGCCAUAAGGGAACUUCCAUUUUCAGUCGAGAAUCUUACUGAACUUAGUACGCUGGAUCUGGAGAACUGCGUAAGGCUUCAGAAACUGCCAUCCGGAGUAAGGAACUCGAGAUCUAUUGUCAACCUUAAGCUGUCUGGCUGCACAAUUCUUGAGCUUGGGAAGCGGAAAAGGUGAGUUUGGAAGCGCAAAGGGAUUGGAAGGGUGAAUUUGUAAAAGAAAGUCUGUAACAUAACUGAAGCAGUGUAUUUCCUAAGCCACAAUAGCCAUAUCCUUAAGUACCUUAUGCCUAUAAAUAAGGCUAUUGGCUCUCCAAGCUUCGUACGCCUCUAUCCUUGUGGUAAAUGAAACUUGUGUUGCAGUGAAACACUGUUGCUUCACCUGUAGAAUUUUUGCUUGA